AUGGACAGGGAACAAGCAAUGGAACAAGUCUUGCGAGAAUCAAGCACUAAGUUCCUCAAAAAAUUGGUGAAGGAAAUGAUAGAAAAAUAUGAGGAAAAGGACAAAGAUAUUAUGGAAUGGCAAGAGAAUCUUCCUACUCCAGAAUUGGUUGAAGAAAUGCGCAAUGGCCCUUUGGAUAAAGAUUUUACGGAAAAAUUUGCAGAGCUCGUCAACGACGUCACUCGACUUAUUUCCGCAAUGCAAAAAGAUAGACAUUAUCUCGGAGAAUUGCUUGACAAGGUUCAACUGGUUUUGGAAGACAGAAUCGGACACUGUUAA